AUGAAAUUCUUCAUUAUAUCUAUUGUUGUCCUUCUUGUUUCUCAAACAUUUAGUUUGACUCAAGAUCCAAAAGUCAUUGCUGAAACAUUCAAUACAAGAAUUGUCAAUGCUGUACAUUCUAGAGAUUUUGGUCAAAUCCAGAAUCUCAUCGAUGAAAGUUACACUAUGAAUUCUUGUGGAUAUCCUAUAAAGCGAGAUGAAUUUAUAAAUUUCCUCUUCAAUUACCCUGAAAAAGUUAGUCAAUCUAAAGUUUUAAGAGAACAAGUUGUAGAUGGAAAUAUUGUUUAUGAAGGUGAAUUGAAAAAAUCCGAUGAGGAAACCAUUUAUUCCAGAUAUGUUCUUGGAUUGAGAAAUUCGGAAUAUGUUUUGUUGAAAAUUACGGAGACCGGUUGUCUUUAA